ACGCAGCAGUAAUUUGUUUACGCGUCAUGAGCCAGUGAUCUCCAAAACCUGAUAUUUCAUGCGCCUGUGAUCGAACUUUCUCUCAGCGACUAUGGAAGGCUGGCAAGAGAUCUACCAAGUCACUGCUCAGCCAUUUGGCACGAUCGCGCCAAUUACGGCCACAGUCUUUGAUACCAGUCAGGAAAUCCUUUGGACUGGCGAUGAAAAUGGCCGUAUUGCUUCUUUUGCCGGCACAUCACUACGCAAAUACACUAGUUUUAUUGGGCAUCGAUCAAGCGUAUCUCAGAUUUUGGUCAAUGAUCGAGGCGUGCUUUCUCUGGGAAGCGAUAAUUUGCGAAUGACCCAGCGCCGCGGCCUAGUUCGUUUCAACCUGAGUGAUGAUGAGCGGUUAAAAGAUCUGUCGUGUAUGAGUUACACAUCUCGCGGAACCUCUGAAGUUGUUGUAGGAAAGUCAAAACCCGGUCUUCUUCGCGUCAACGUGGAUCGCGGUAGCAUCGUCGCCGAGCUUCCAACCGAAGACGGCUUCUCAGUGAUGCGCCGCGGUGGACGACUGAUCUGCGCCGGCUCAACCAAGGGCGACGUCGUACUGAUUGAUCCAGUUUCCCUGCAGGUCGUGCGCAAGAUCCCCGCGCACUCCGGUGGCCUGGUCGAUCUUGAUUCGCGCGAUAACGUUCUCUUGACUUGUGGCCACACUUAUCGUGGAAGCUCAUACCUGCUCGACCCUCUUCUCAAUAUCUACGACCUAAGAACGUUCAGACCGCAGCCUCCAGUACCGUUCCCUGCCGGUGCAGCAUUUGUUCGUUUGCAUCCCAAGAUGUCGACAACGUGCCUUGUCUCCUCCGUCUCUGGACAGCUUCAGAUGCUCGAUUUUGUAAAUCCCGCCAUGGCGUUCCUAUAUCAGGCAAACAUCCCAUAUGUUUCUGCUCUUGAUUUCUCCUCGUCGGGUGAUUAUUUUGCUCUGGCGGGAAGUUCUGGGACUGUCCAAGUGUGGGGAACUCCAGAAGCCUCGACCUUCACAGAAUUCGGUAGACCUAUUGAAUGGGCUGAUCCUCCCCUCGAUACCGGUCCAAGUAUAAAGCUUGAAGACGAAGACGUUCCUUUGAACAGCGUGGGAAUGCCGUACUACAGAGAAAAGCUUCUUUCAGCCUGGCCUGGCGACAUGAUUUUCGACUGCGGACGAACUUCAUCGCCUAUCGAUCCUGAGAUUCUGGCUACAAUGAAGACAGUUGACUUUGUCGGAUACGCGCCCUUCCCCAAGAGGCUGCGGAGAUAUGUUACCGAGCCAUUACCUACCAACACGACGAACAGGACAAAUUCAAAGACUCCAAUGUUCAGGAGUCAGCUUGAUAAGUUGAUUGCGCAGAACGGAGCAGCGGCAGCGGCCGCAAAGCAGACUGCGGAGGCAACGACAGAUCCGGUUGAAUCCUUCAAGAAAGUCGAUAUCAAGUACAGUCGAUUUGGAGUCGAGGAUUUUGACUUUGAGUUCUAUAAUCGAACGCGGUAUGCUGGUUUGGAAGCACACAUUCAAAACUCUUACACAAACGCAUUGCUUCAGAUUUACAAGUUCACACCUUUGAUUUACAAUUUUGCACUGAAUCAUGUUGCAGGACCGUGCAGGCUCGAGAAUUGUCUUCUUUGCGAGCUUGGGUUUUUGCUAGACAUGCUCACAAAGGCUGAGGGCCAACACUGUCGCGCAUACAACUUUGUGCGAACGCUGAGCGCCAUUCCGCAGGCUUCGGCUUUGGGACUAAUUGAUGAAGAAAGCGGUAGUAACAGACAUCCGCUCGGCUCGAUGUUACAGUCAUUCAAUCGGUUUUUGCUCGAGCGAAUCGCUUUGGAGAACCGAACUCGCGAGAGUAUUCUGCAGGAACCUUCUCAACAGCCAAAUUCUUUGACUCAGCUUGACUCUAUCGCAGGAAUUCAUACCUUGAUCUCGGUCAAAUGUGGAAGCUGUGGCUCUGAAAGUCAUCGCCGUACAACGUCAUAUGUAGCUGAUCUCGUGUAUCCCAAAUCUACCGAUAUGUCGGCUACAACCGCUACUGCUGGCGCUCAGGUACUUUCUCGCUCAGGACUAGACCGGAAAUCAGCAGGUUCUGCAUCGUCAGCGUCCGCGUCUUCACUCAUGUUUUGCUCGAUUUUGCAAAACAGUCUGGAGACUCGAACACAAACCCGAGGCUGGUGCGGUGAAAAAUGCCGUCGCUAUCAGAUGCUGACGACCACGAAGCGGAUCUCAAACUCGCUUCCGCCAGUGCUUUCUCUCAACGCUGCUAUUGAUUCACAUGCAUCCCGACAGAUCUGGAAUCAAAAAGGAUUUUUGCCGAUGCGUAUACGUGCAGACCUAACGAGCUCUGGUCUCGAAGUGCGAGCUCUGGGUGAGAAUGACCCGAUACCUCCUGUUGCUGAAGAAGGAAAGUCAGAGACUUAUGACUUGAUUGGAAUUGCUUUCGAAGUGAGUUUCGGCCAGUCUGACAAUCAUACCGUGUCGCUCAUUCGAAUCCCUCAAGAAGAUGGCACGCGUCAAUGGUAUUUGUUCAAUGACUUCUUGGUAACUCCGUUCCCGGCUGCUGAAGCGCUCAAAUUUGAUUAUGUGUGGAAGACGCCGACCGUGGUGAGCUAUCAGAGUUGUCGGGAACCGAACUUGAAGUACUAUGAUUUGUGGAAACAGCAUAUGGACGUCUCGCUCCUGACGAUUGAAGCCUCCCUCACCUCUAGCCGCGAAGGCCUACGGUUCGAGUUUGAAUGUCUGGCAAAGGAGGAAGCACCAAAGCCGGGCAUGCUAGUCGCCAUCGACGCCGAAUUCGUCCAACUUCAGCAGGAAGUCACAGAAAUCCGUAGCGACGGUACACGUCUGCUCGUGCGUCCCAGCCGCUUGAGUCUUGCUCGUGUGUCCGUGGUACGGGGACAGGGACCGAAGGCGGGAGUCGCGUUCAUCGACGAUUACAUCUCGACGACGGAUGAUAUCAUAAACUACUUGACUGAGUUUUCAGGUAUCGAGCUUGGAGAUUUGGAUCCUUCGCGAUCGAAAAAGUCGCUGGUGCCGCUCAAGGUCGCGUACAAAAAACUUUGGCUGUUGUUAAAUUUGGGCUGUAUAUUCGUUGGUCAUGGACUUAUUAACGAUUUCAGAACAAUUAAUAUUCAAGUUCCCAAGGAUCAGGUUAUCGAUACCGUUGAUAUCUACUACAUCAAAUCAAGACAGCGAAAACUCUCGCUUCGUUUCCUGGCCUGGUAUCUACUCCAACACAACAUCCAAACCGAGACCCACGACUCCAUCGAGGACGCCAAGACUGCGCUAUUCCUGUACCAGAAAUAUCUCGAGAUCAACGAGCAAGGCGGGCCAUCUGCGUUUGAGAAUAUCCUCAACGAGAUUUACAAUGAAGGCAGAGCUACAAAUUUCAAGCCUCCUGUUUCUACGCCGUCGGUGGCUAAUGCUACGGUUAGCGCGCAUGGGAGCAGUAAUUCUUGAAUCCGUUUGGGCGAGAUUGUGUA